GCGGCGGCUCCGGGCGCCCCGGAAGGCAGCGGUUGCAACUCCUGCGAGCCGGAAGGCGCUGACGGAGCGGAGGGAGCUGGGGGCGGCCAUCACGCUGUGGUUGUUGGUGGCUUUGAGAGGCCGAGGCCGGGCAUUGUGUUCUCCGCCGUCAGACCCUUUAAAAUUUGGAUAUGUCCUUCAUAUUCGACUGGAUUUACAGUGGUUUCAGCAGUGUACUACAGUUUUUAGGACUGUACAAGAAAUCUGGUAAAUUAGUAUUUCUUGGAUUGGACAAUGCUGGAAAAACAACACUACUACAUAUGUUAAAAGAUGACAGGCUGGGACAACAUGUACCUACAUUACAUCCCACAUCAGAAGAAUUGACCAUUGCUGGCAUGACUUUUACCACUUUUGAUCUGGGUGGGCAUGCUCAAGCUCGAAGAGUAUGGAAAAAUUAUCUGCCUGCCAUAAAUGGCAUUGUUUUUCUGGUGGACUGUGCAGACCAUGAACGACUGUUAGAAUCAAAAGAAGAACUUGAUUCUCUUAUGACGGAUGAAACAAUAGCUAAUGUGCCUAUCCUAAUUCUUGGAAAUAAGAUCGACAGACCUGAAGCCAUUAGUGAAGAGCGGUUACGAGAGAUGUUUGGUCUGUAUGGUCAGACAACAGGAAAGGGAAACGUUUCAAUGAAAGAGUUAAAUGCCAGACCUCUGGAAGUCUUCAUGUGCAGCGUGCUGAAGAGACAAGGCUAUGGCGAAGGCUUCCGUUGGGUGGCGCAGUACAUCGAUUAACGCCAAACCCACGUCUGUCUGUGUCCGAAUACGAAGUCUGCUCAGUUAUUUGAUCACUCAGCAUACAUGACUUGAAUUUAAUAGACUUUUGUUGGUUAUAAAGGAUAAGUUUUUUAGAUCAUUAAUAUUAUAUCAACUAUUAAUUGUGAGUGUGAGGAUUGAAAACUGAUUUCAGGCAAGUUUGGAUUUCACAUUGUUAGCUUUCUAAUCCUAAAAAAUAAUUUACGUUCUUUUACAAUUUAUAAUUUGACAUUUGCACCCAGCACCAUUUUUGGACAGAGUAACUUUCCAGUCCAGUAUGUUUGAAUGCACUUUUUAACAGCUAAAACUACAGAUAUGUGAAUGGUAUUUAAUGCUCAUCAUGUUAAAUUUUUUAUGUACUUUUUUGGAACUGGUUUUAUAAAUUUAGACUAUAUAACCACCUGUCUUUAAGGUACAAUUAAUAAUUAGCUUAUUAAUUGCAUGAUGCCUUACAGUUUUUAAUAAUAUUCUUAUGCAACGUCAUGCAAUAAAACAAAAUCUAAUUUUUGGCAUAUUUGGUGGGGAAAUGUUUCAUUUUGAUGUGUCUUAGUGAGGAUGUUCUUUGAAAAUAUAAGUAUGUGAUAUUUAAUGGACAAUAAGAGAUUGUUUUAGCAUACUGAUAUUAUAAAUGUUUAAGUUCCAGUGGGCUUUUGAAUUUAUCUAGGAGGGUUUUUGUGGCAUAAUGCUUCUCUCACCACUUUCUUCCCUGUGAACUCUGCGUAUUCUUCAGUCACUCGUGUCAAGAGAAUCCAUUUUCAAGUAGUGAAACUCUGAACUCCGGGAGGAAGAUAACUUUCUUGUCUUAUCACAUGCUUGAUUCUUAGUUUAGUAGGCUGUCACAAUUGUUUGAUUCUGAAGUACUUUUAACCGUGUUGGUGCUGAUUUGAGGAACAUGUCCUUAUUGUAAGAAACAAGUCACCAAUCUUUAUAUAUGAUGGGAUACCCAAGUCAAAUUAGAAGUUGUCUCCUAUAUACAAUUUUAGCUUGGUAGCCUUCUUGUUUGCCUUACUUAAGAGAAGCAGCUUGUUAUUUAAGUUUUAUCAAGACAUUUUACUCAGUGGAUUUUUUGCUUCUUGUCCCAUUCUUCAUGGCAUUCUUGCUGUGGAAAAAAACAAACAAACACUUUUCUCACCUUUUUACUCUUGUUUUGGGCAGUUUUUUUGUUUAGAGCACUCAGGUUUUCAUCUGCACAUGUGAUGUUUGUUAUUCUCUAUCCCCUCUACAAGCCUUUGUGAUAAUUACAGAUAGUAUCUGAUAAGAACUUGGUAACUUUAUCAAGAUGCUUUUCUAUUUUCUCACAUUCACUUCAUUAGUACAGUAAGACAAAAGAGUGAAUAGAUAAUGCUAUAUGUUUCAAGAGAGUUUUAAAACAUAUGACUUAGUUCCUUAUUUUACAAAGGUCUUAUUUACCGGAAUUUAACUCUGGUAUAAUUGAAAUUAAAUGUUUUCUUAAGCCUUUAAUGGCGUAAUCCUGAGAGAAGCCUUAUAAUACUAAAUGUGACCUUUAGUCCAGAUACACAUACAACAAUGCUGCUAGUGAGAUGUUUUACAUUUUUACACUGGGGAGUCUAAACUUUGUGGAAUCAUUUCUUACCUUGAAAUUGGAUUUUGGUUAUUCAAAUCUGCCAAGUUUCAUAUUCAGUUCCUUUCCAAGCAAAACUAAAGGGCUGUUUCCUGUGUAACUGAUAAUGCAUCAGUAACAGGCUACAUUUCUAACUUACUAGGACAUUAUACUAGAUAUUAUAACAGGAAGUUGCCUCUAAGGUGCUCAUUGAAUGUGAACAAGGCAUCAGUGAUUAAAAUUAAGUCCCUUUUGCUGAUGGCAUCUCAUAUACAUCGAGGACAUGUCUUUCUGUUCCUUUUAAUGUCAGCAUAGUUUAAGAAGUUAAUAACUGACACUGUAAAUAGAAAAACAAGUUGUAUCUUUGUGUAAAACAGUCUGUUCAAGACUUGGAGUGCUCUUAUUGUGGAGUCGACACUUGUUAGAAAAAGAAGCAGACAGGUUCACUUUAGAAAACCGUAUAUAUAAGCAGCAUGAGCCUUUUGCCCAGUGGGGGUAGGGGGGAUUCUUGUGACCUAAGCCUGUGGAAAUGAAGCUGAACAAAGCAAUGAGAGCUGAAAUUCCCUCUUCCUCCCAGGAAACGUGUGUAAAGCCUUUUGCUAGCUGAUCCAUGAGGCAGCUUUGAGAGGGACCCCCCAAUGGCUACUUGUGUUAUUAUUUCCAAUAUACACAAGCAAACUAAGGUAGCAGAAAAGAAGAGCAGAAGAAUAUGUGUGAGUAUACUUGUGAUAUCUGUGGAUAAAUAUUAGUGUUGCAUAUAUGCAAAUUUUAUACUUCACACUGUACAGUGCUAGUUUAAAAUGUGGUUGUAACCUCUUGCAUCCAUGCAAAUUGGAUGCAGACUAAUCAGUCAGCAUUCAGAAAAUAUAAGCUAAUUUUGAAAAGUAAUAUACAUAAAAUCUGAAAGCUGUAUUUAUAAAAUGUUUUGGAUUGACAUUCUUAGCAUAGCCUCUCAUGUUUCAUUGACUACUAUUAAAUUUAUUUUGGGAUUUAGGCUGACUAGAAUGACAGACUCAGUUUCAUAUUUGAACUCACCUGCUUAAUAUUUUAGAUGGAAUGAAAUAUAGGAUAUUAGAAAUUUAGAGACACAGACAUUUCUCAAGGCACAUGGAAGAAUUUUCCCUUCCUAUUAGUUUACUUGAAAAUCAGUAUUGUCUUAUGUGUGCCAAAGAUUUUUUUUUAAAGUAUACUUCCAAAUAUUACCUAUGUAAAUCUGAGUUUGAGGGUUACUUGCACACACAAAGGCACUGCCAUUUACAAAAUAUGCCAUAAUUAUGAGUAGAACUUCAUAUUUCUAGUUUUGAACUGACACAACUUCACUGCAGGUUCCACAGGUGAAUUUACAGAUGGGUGAAUAAGCUAACAGUUGUAAUAACUUCCUUAACUUCUGCAAAGUGAUUUCACUACUCGUUCAUAAUUCAGCAUUUUUACAAGUUUCAGAAUUAGCCACCAGUGAGACAGCUAGCAAUAUUUAUAGAAUGUUUUGACUAAAGUGUUUUAGGGUAAAUGUUUACAUUUUUGAAUUCUUGCUAUUUGACAUAUUAUUGGUAUGGUAUUUCAUUCCUGUUAGUCACAGGAUUAAAUUGAUAUGGCUGUAUUGUCAAGGAAGUGGACAUUUGGAAAGUAUAUUUGAAGGAAAAGAAAAAAAAAUUCACCUCUCAUAUACUUUGUUUCCAUUUUUAUUAAGAAUGUACUAAUUUUACUAAGAAUUUAUUUGGCCCUUUUUUACUUCUGGAAGUUGUAGAUGUGUAAAAAGUUACAGUGAAAUUUCAAAUCAGCUUCAUGGUGGGGAAAAAAAGUCUUAAAGAUGAGUAUGUUGGCAGAUAAAAAAUGGUUAAAAAAAGAUUAAUGGGGCAUUAAGUGUAACUUGGAGUAAAACAGGAUUUGGUACUAUAAGUUUGAAUUAAUACGGCCUGACUAUAAGUCCAAGAAGUCAGGGAAUUUUAAGCCAUAUACUAAGCUGAAUUCUCAAAGCCACACGUGUAUGGGCCCAGUUAUUUACAUUAACAUCCUCCCUUUAGAGAUGCAGAUGGCUGCUUUUAAGACUAAGAUAGGCUCUUUGAAAAGGCAGCCAUGUCAUUCCUAUAUAUAUGUAUAUGUGUAUUCACACACACACACACACACACAUACAUACAUACACACAUACAUAUCUAUAUCCAUCCAUUCUUCCCUUGAUCAUCCAGCCUUCCAUUCUGUGCUCCCCACCAUCUCCCACCAUCCAAAAACGUGAUGGAAAAUAUUAGGGUUUACACUAGGAUGCAGUGCUGUGUUCAUGGUGUUUGAGUUCUAGAUAUGCCCUUAGCUUCUGCUUAUUUUUGUCCUCUUAAAUUAGUACUUUUAUUUUCUAAAAUGUGAUUGUGCUGACAUUUUGUUUAAUAGUACUAUUUGACAUAUCCUGACUGUCACACGGUAUCUUGAAAUUAUUUGGGGUUUUGGCCAGUCUUUCAAAAAAUGAAAAUAAAGCAGAACCAAGGCAUUCUUAGUUUCUUCAGAAGAACCACCUACCAUAUUAGGUUUUAGGGGAAAAUAGAAAGGUCUUUCAGGUGGUUUAGUCAAAAAUUAUUUCUAGAAAAGGAAUAUUUGAAUGGAUAGACUUUGUAAGGCAUGUGUUUGAAAUAAAACUUUUAUUUUUUUUUUCAACAUUUGUGGAUAAGGGUGGGUAACACUUGUACUAACUUUGAAUGUAAAAGCCACUUUAGAAUGAACUUUUUAAUUCCUGGAAUUUCACACCUAGGUACUGUGCUAUAACAGCUCCUCAACCAAUACACACCAGGUCCAUGUACAUCUGGCUAAGUUUGUUUUAAGGCUACUAGAAAGUAUUUUUAUUUAGAAAUAGGACAUUAACAGACACCUGGAGUGGGAAGCCAGUGAUUUGUUGUUCACUAACCUCUUUUGCACUUUUGUAUACAACUGCUUGCACUAGUAUCUCAGUGUGGAAUUUUAACAUCAUUUUGGAAUGUGAAUAAAUGUUUUAAACUUAAUUUAUAAAAAGAAUUUCUUUAUGUAUUUUGCAGAAGUGUAGCAAAUAGAUGGUCGAUUGUUUUUUAACUUUGUUGUGUUAUUUUGAUUAUUCUGUUCUGUUAUCUCAUUGCACACUAUGAAUUUGAGUGCCAGGAAUAGCAAAAUAAAACUCUAACCUGAAAAAUGAA